AUGUGGGCACCGUUCAAGGGACCACCGGCGAUUGGUUGGGUGUCGAAUGGGACGAUGCAAGUCGAGGCAAACACUCAGGAGAGCAUAAAGGCCAAAUAUCCCACGGCGGGGUCUUUUGUUCGCCCCUCCAGGCCUUCAGACCAGCCUCUGAGCUUUCUAGAAGCCCUGCGGGAGAAAUAUGCUUCUGAGUCCGAGAAUAGCCUUGCUCACAGUGAUUUGCUCAGUGGAGAAACUGUUCGAGGCAAGGCAAUUGAAAUUAGCGGCAAGGUAGUCGAAGAAGUUGGCUUCGACAAAAUUCGGAAACAGCUCGCUGAGCUCCAAGAGCUACGCAUUGUCUUGCUUGAUGGCUUACGGGUUGUUGGGGUCCUUGCAUCCUAUGAACAGGCUCAAGUCUCACAUAAUGAGGAAGCACAAAAGAUCGGAGAAACGUGUCCCAAGAUCACGGAACUUGAUCUCAGCCGAAGCUUAUUGAGUCGAUGGCGCGAUGUUUGGGAUAUUUGCGACCAACUUAAGCAUCUAAGGAAGCUGAAGUUGAAUGGAAACCGGUUUCAAGCUUUAGAGGAUGACCUGACCUUCAAGGGGAUCACUGAGCUACAUUUAGAAGAAACCAUGCUUAGCUGGGAUGAAAUUGCUGCUAUUGCAUACCGAUUCCCUGGCUUGACAUCUCUCACGGCAUCUGCGAACCAGCUCUCUGAGAUGACCUGUCCACUCCCUAGCACUAUCACAACAUUAACCCUCGAGCACAAUGAGAUCACCUCAAUAUCAGCUCUUCGACAUCUCGCCGCACUUCCAAAAUUGGAGCACCUCUCCAUUCGUGGGAAUAACAUCAGCACCGUGAACCAAAACACCACAGAUACAACCCUAGACUUCCAAUUCCCGCCAACUCUCCGCUCCCUCGAUCUAUCCCGUAACAACAUCACCUCGUGGACCAUCCUCAACAAACUCCCCACAGUCUUCCCAGGCCUAACCACCCUCCGAAUCACCGCCAACCCCCUCUUCGACCAACCACCCCUCCCACCCUCUGUCGCAGAAGCCUCCAAGCCAAUGACAGUCGACGAAGCCUUCAUGCUAACCCUAUCUCGCUUCCCAUCAUCCCUUACCAUCCUAAACUACAGCACCAUCUCACCACAAGACCGCUCCAAUGCAGAGAUGUACUACCUAUCCCUCAUCGGUAAAGAACUCUCCGCCACAACCGAGGAAGAAGAACCCGCCAUCCUUGCUACACACCCGCGGUACAGCGAACUUUGUGAGCUAUAUGUCGAGCCGACUAUCACAAGAGUAGUUGUGUCGGAUUCCUCGGGUGCGAGAGUCAUCCAUCCGCGAUCCGUAGCAGCGCGACUGGUUAAAAUGGCGUUCCGUUUGCCUUUUGGAAACGACGAAUCCAAGAUUCAAGUCAAGGAGAUCCCUGGUUCGUUUGAUACGUACCAAGUCAAGGCGCUUGUGUCGCGGCUCUUCGGGCUUCCAGCGUUUGGGUUCCGGUUGGUUUGGGAAACGGAUGAGUGGGAUCCUGUGGAGAAGCAAGUUGGUGAGGAGGGUGUUGUUGAAUGGGAUGAAGAUAGUGAGGAUGAGGAUCGUCCUGCUAUUAGCUCUGGGCUUGAGACAACCGGGGAUGGUCCUGAUAAGAGUCGGUUUGUGCGUAGGGAGGUGGAGCUGGUUGAUUCAACGAGAGAUGUCGGGUUUUUGUUUCAGGGUGAAGUUGGAGAGGUUAGGAUUCGAGUUGAUGUUGUUGAUUAUGGGUCUACGAGGUAG